CUUAAGCUUCAGCUUUCACUUGGCUCACCACCUUCGCUCAUCAUCUUCCCUCAUCGAUUGAAAGGAUUCUCACUUCAUUCCAAAUCCACCGCAUUUCUUAAUAGCUUUGAAAUGUCAAGGUACAUCUCUUUCUUAAUCGCCCUGUGCUUCAAAAAAUUACACAUCCCCAUCAUCUCUUUCCCUCUUCUCAAAAUUCAAUCUCUAACAUGUUCCUUCAUCCGCAUCAAUUCCACCGACGCCAUUUGUGCCAAAUCAAUUCAGAUUCCUGAUUCCCUCAACAAAAUCAUCACGCUAUCCACCCAUCUUCGUCCCUCAUCCAUCCAGAACUUCAUAUCAUCACCUCUCGGCUUUUUCUCUGGCACUCGCACGUGUGGACUGAAUGAUACUCCGAAGGAGAACGUGAUUGCCCUGGACGUUCCGAGGAUGAAGAAGCAGGACGUGAAGAUCGAGGGCAAUUCUUGGGUCAACUAUUGGUCAACACGAGAAGAUCAACGGUUGCAUGUUGGGACUGACUUCAUGUGAGGGACAUUCUUUGGAGAGGGUUGGUGUUUUCUUAUGUCGUCCGGUUUUCACCCAUGGACAACUUUACGUCGCGGUCUCAAGAGUAAUGUCCACGCCUGGGUUGAAGUUUGUUAUAUGUGAUGAAGAUGGAGAACUGGCCAAGAAGACUUUAAAUGUGGUUUACAAGGAAGUAUAUAAUAAUUUGUAAUAUUUUUUUUAAUCUUCAUUUACUUUUGUUAGAAAUAAUAUAUACAUUGAUCUAUGUUUAUCACAACAUUUCUUUAUGUUAUCACAUUAUUUAUUAUUUACUAAGCUAAUUGCAUCCCGUGCGAAGCACGGGUGAAAAAUCUAGUUUCUACAAUUGUACGUACAUAAGAUCAUUUCGUCCUUUUAUUUUUGGAGCUAUAAGGCCAUCAUCUAACCAAUUCGGCA